AUGGCAACGAACGAUUUGAUUACGAGGUCGCGUGAGUUCAUCUCAACCCCCUUCACUGCUGCAUUUUGCGCAGGUGGAGUGGCGGGAGCUGUCUCGCGGACCGUCGUGUCACCCCUGGAACGAUUGAAGAUCCUCUAUCAAGUACAAAGCGCCGGUCGCAAUGAGUACAAAAUGCCCAUUUCCAAAGCUCUCCGAAAAAUGUACACAGAUGAGGGUUGGAGGGGUUUUAUGAGGGGGAAUGGCACCAACUGUGUCCGCAUUGUGCCUUAUUCGGCUGUUCAGUUUGGAGCCUACAAUGCCUACAAGAGAUUCUUCGAAAGUACACCCGGCGCAGACCUCGAUCCUAUCCGACGGUUAAUAUGUGGUGGCUUAGCUGGUAUCACAUCUGUGACAUUCACAUACCCUCUCGACAUCGUACGAACACGACUUUCAAUCCAGUCGGCCUCGUUUGCGGCACUUGGGAAACACGAAGGUAAGCUACCCGGAAUGUGGCAGACAAUGAUCAACAUGUACAAGAACGAAGGUGGUGUACUGGGUCUUUAUCGAGGAAUUAUUCCAACAGUGGCCGGCGUUGCACCAUAUGUUGGUCUGAACUUCAUGGUAUACGAAUCGGUUCGAGGUUGGUUCACGGAACCCGGUGAGAAAAACCCCGUGUGGUAUCGCAAACUCGCUGCGGGAGCAAUAUCAGGAGCUGUGGCUCAGACUUGCACAUAUCCAUUCGACGUGCUCCGAAGACGGUUUCAGAUCAAUUCCAUGUCCGGCAUGGGCUACCAGUACAAAGGCAUUUGGGAUGCUGUUCGGACCAUUGUCGCCCAAGAAGGGGUUGUGGGCUUGUACAAGGGCAUAGUGCCCAAUUUAUUGAAGGUUGCGCCCAGCAUGGCUAGCAGUUGGCUCAGUUUCGAAAUGACAAGGGACUUCUUGGUUGAUUUGGCGCCAACUAAAGCAGAUCCUAUAUAA